AUGGGAAGCCAAAAGCGUAUCGCCAAGGAGUUCAAUGAGCUAAUGGAGUCGCCCCCGACGGGCAUAUCCGUCACUCUCGCAAAUGGCUCAGACCUUUAUAACUGGAAAGUCCACAUGCAGGGCCCUGAAUCCUCACCAUACAAUGGCGGCAAAUUCAUCAUCAACCUCUCCCUCCCGAGCGAUUAUCCUUUCAAGCCGCCGACGGUCUCCUUUGACACAAAAAUCUACCACCCAAACGUCACCAACGAUGACAAGGGAAGUAUGUGUCUUGGUAUGCUUAAGUCCGACGAGUGGAAGCCCUCAUCUAGGAUCGCUGCUGUGCUGGAAUUCGCGAGGCAGCUGCUUGUCGAGCCGAUGCCGGAUGACGCAGUCGAGGGCCGCAUUGCAGAGCAGUACCGCGAUGAUCGGAAGAGGUUCGAUGAGAUUGCAAGAGACUGGACAAGGAAGUAUGCCUCGGGGAAGUAG